AUGACUGUCAACUCUCUUUUUACAGCAGUGACCACAGCUCUACUGCUGCCUAUCCUCAUCGCUAUCCAAACUCUCUACUUCCACCCACUCUCUCGCUACAAUGGACCAACACUGUGGGCCAUCACCCGUCUCCCGUACCUGCUUGCCUUUCGAUCCGGAAAGCUAGCUCACAAGGUCAAACACUUCCAUGAAGUAUACGGUGAUACUGUCCGCGUGGCCCCAAAUGAGGUAUCUUUCAUCAACCCCAGCUGCGUCAAAGAUAUCUACAACCGUCGCCCGAGUUCCGAAUUUAAAUCGCUUCCUAAGGACCCCAUCCGUCAACCUCCACCGCAGCCGGGCCAACCGAUUUCUAUACUCGAAGCCGGAGACGAGGAUCAUGCACGAAUACGGAAAUCGUAUGCAUCUCUGUUUAGUAGCAAAGCCUUGGCUGCUCAGGAGCCCUUGGUAUCAUCAUACCACGAAUGGGUCGGAAUGCUAGUCUACUCUUUAAAAGGAAAAGUGCAACUUGCAGCGUGCCGCUUCUACCCGUGGCUCUUCAGACUUCUGCUCAAGAGGAUCCCUAAGUCAGCGAUGUCCCUGAUGGCGAAACAUCAAGCAACAACACGUGAAAAGGUGGAUAGGCGGCUAAGCUCAACUGUCGACCGGCCGGACUUUCUCUCCCAUCUCCAGAACUCGAAACACCAGCUCUCGCAUGCUGAAAUCGUGACAAACUCAACUACGUUUGUUUUUGCGGGAAGCCAUACCCUACAAACUGCUAUCACCGGGAUUCUCUUUCAUUUGCUUCACAACCCCGAGAGUUUGGCAAAGGUAACGGAGGAAGUGCGUACCAGCUUUGCCACGACAGAGGAUAUUGGAUUUAGAAACCUGUCGAAGCUGCCUCUUCUAGAUGCUGCAAUCAUGGAGGGCAUACGCCUUUCCUCACCAGUGCCAUUAGGAUUAACAAGACUCGUCCCGGAAGGAGGACACACCAUCAGCGGCGAAUUCUUUCCUGCAGGGUGGGCUGCCAAUCUCUCCGCUUCCAACUUUGUAGAUCCCACAUCCUUCCAUCUAGACCGCUGGCUUCACACUGAUCGCGACCUCUUCGCGAACGACCGACGGGACGCAGUGCAGCCAUUUCUCCAGGGUCCGCGGGACUGCAUCGGGCAGAACCUCGCGAGGAUGGAGAUUUCCUUGAUCUUAGGCCACCUUCUUUACCAGUUUAAUCUCAGCCCCCUAACGGGAGAAGGACAUGCCGGGGUGCAAAGGUGGGAGGAUCAAGAGACGUACGCGGUUUGGGUGAAAUCACCAUUGCCGGUGAGACUGAGUGUGCGAUAA